CCCCCGCCCGCGCCCCGCAGGGCCGCGCCCCCGCCCCCCAUGCACCACCUCCUGGAGCAGUCGGCGGACAUGGCGACCGCGCUCCUGGCUGGCGAGAAGCUGCGGGAGCUGAUCCUGCCGGGCGCGCAGGACGACAAGGCGGGCGCGUUGGCCGCGCUGCUGCUGCAGCUCAAGCUGGAACUGCCGUUCGACCGCGUGGUCACCAUCGGCACCGUGCUCGUGCCCAUCCUGCUGGUCACCCUGGUCUUCACCAAGAACUUCGCAGAGGAACCCAUUUACUGUUACACCCCGCACAACUUCACUCGUGACCAGGCGCUGUACGCCCGCGGCUACUGCUGGACGGAGCUGCGGGACGCGCUGCCCGGUGUGGACGCCAGCCUGUGGCCUUCCCUGUUUGAGCACAAGUUCCUGCCCUACGCCCUGCUGGCCUUCGCCGCCAUCAUGUACGUGCCCGCGCUGGGCUGGGAGUUCCUCGCCUCCACUCGCCUCACCUCGGAGCUCAACUUCCUGCUGCAGGAGAUUGACAACUGCUACCACCGGGCGGCGGAGGGCCGCGCGCCCAAGAUCGAGAAGCAGAUCCAGUCCAAGGGGCCCGGCAUCACGGAGCGCGAGAAGCGCGAGAUCAUCGAGAACGCCGAGAAGGAGAAGAGCCCCGAGCAGAACCUGUUCGAGAAGUACCUGGAGCGCAGGGGCCGCAGCAACUUCCUGGCCAAGCUGUACCUAGCGCGGCACGUGCUCAUCCUGCUGCUCAGCGUGGUGCCCAUCUCCUACCUGUGCACCUACUACGCCACCCAGAAGCAGAACGAGUUCACCUGCGCGCUGGGCGCCUCCCCCGAUGGGCCGGCGGGGGCCGGGGGCCCGGCGGUGCGCGUCAGCUGCAAGCUGCCCUCGGUGCAGCUGCAGCGGAUCAUCGCGGGCGUGGACAUCGUGCUGCUCUGCUUCAUGAACCUCAUCAUCCUCGUCAACCUCAUCCACCUCUUCAUCUUCCGCAAGAGCAACUUCAUCUUCGACAAGCUGCACAAGGUGGGCAUCAAGACUCGCCGCCAGUGGCGCCGCUCCCAGUUCUGCGACAUCAACAUCCUGGCCAUGUUCUGCAACGAGAACCGCGACCACAUCAAGUCGCUGAACCGGCUGGACUUCAUCACCAACGAGAGCGACCUCAUGUAUGACAACGUGGUGCGGCAGCUGCUGGCCGCCCUGGCCCAGUCCAACCACGACGCCACGCCCACAGUGCGCGACUCCGGCAUCCAAACGGUGGACCCCAGCGCCAACCCCGCCGAGCCCGACGGCUCUGCCGAGCCUCCAGUGGUCAAGCGGCCUCGCAAGAAGAUGAAGUGGAUCCCCACCAGCAACCCGCUGCCACAGCCCUUCAAGGAGCAGCUGGCCAUCAUGCGUGUGGAGAACAGCAAAGCCGACAAGCCCAAGCCCGUGCGCAGGAAGACGGCCACCGACACGCUCAUCGCGCCGCUGCUGGACGCCGGGGCUCGUGCGGCCCACCACUACAAGGGGGGCGGGGGUGACGCAGGCCCGGCCCCGCCCCCGGCCCCCGACAAGAAGCACGCCCGCCACUUCUCCCUGGAUGUUCACCCCUACAUCCUGGGCACCAAGAAGGCCAAGGCUGAGGCCGUGCCCGCUGCCCUGCCGGCUUCCCGGAGCCAGGAAGGCGGCUUUCUGUCCCAGGCAGAGGAGUGCRGGCUGGGCCUGGCCGAGGCACCCACCAAAGCAGAUCCUCAUCGCCACCUUCGACGAGCCGAGAACAGUUGUGAGUACUGUGGAGUUCUGAGGGCACCGGACACCCAAGCCAGUGAAAGCCCUCUGCAUGAGCAAGGGAUGUCCAGCCCCGAGUGGACAUGGCCUCGCUCACCCAGUGCCGCCCACAUCCCCAGUCUCCCAUCGCAUGCUGCGGGGCUCAGCACCCUUCCAGUGGGCCCGAGCUGGCACAGGUGCGUGGGCRGAUUGGGCAGAAGGUGGGGUGCUGGGCUGCCAGAUGAAGAGUUUAUUUUUUUAGUCAGUUUUGCUGUGGACCAAGGCUGUGGCACGACAACUCGGUGCCCCCAGCCCGGAUCCAACCCAGAGCCAGCCAGGAGGACACGGGGGAAGGAGGUGCCAGCUGCAGAGCCACUCCCCAGGCAUCACCGGCCCAGGGCUGGCCCCUGCAGGGACCUGAUGCCCUCAGGUGGGGGCCCAGGCCACCCUGGGUCUGAUCAACAUGCACUUUCCUCAAAGCCUGACUUACAGUUUAUUUUACUAUGGCUACUAUAACUGACUAUUGUCAUCAGGAGACUUAGGGUGAGUUGAAAGCAGAGGGUGUGUGUGUGUGACCGUGUGAGCAGAGAUGGUGUGAGCGUGGGUGCAGGUGCGGGUGAGUGAACCGAGUGAGUGUGUGGGCGAGGCUGAACAGGUGUGUCUGCAGGAGUGCCUGGUGCCUGUGAGCAGGAGGGCAGGGCAGGCGUCCAGGGAGGGACUCCUACGCAAUAACCACGCCCCUCCUGGGCCCCAGCUGCCAGUGAGGCCCAUGCGGCUUUCCAGGGGAACCCAGGCCGCGGCUGGCCCCGUCCCUAUUACCUCAGCCACCGUGGCCGGUGACAGUAUCAACAAGGUAGCACUGAGCAUAUCAAUAAAUAUUAUUCUGAUA